UAAUAGAGUACUUCCUGUUAAGAUUACAUGAGUGGUAUGUAGAUAUGUGAUGAAGAAAAUCACACUGAUUUAACCAUUAUUUGGAUAUCUAAAGAUGGCGGUUCCUGGACGUAAAAUCUCUGAUAUCCGCGGUUCUAUGUUAAAGGGCUCGGAGGAAGACUUUGACCAUAUCUGUGAACCAUGCUCAACUGAAGGUCAACAUAUAGAAGCGUUUAGAUACUGCGUGGAUUGUCAAGAAUAUUUGUGCAAAACUUGUGUAAGGUACCACAAAAAGACAACUGUUUUGAAACAUCAUAAACUCAUUGAUAAAGAAAAUACAGAGGAAACUCUGUUUUCAAAGGAUACUUCUGAAACCUGUACUGAGAUAUGCUCUUUCCACAUAAAUGGGAUUAUAAAGUUUUUUUGUCCAAAGCAUGGUGCUCUUGGCUGCACAGAUUGUAUAAUUAUGGAACAUAGGACAUGUAAAAUUGAUUAUAUACCUGAUAAAUGUGUAGAUAUAGAUGAUAGUGAUGAAUUUAGAGACACGAUGAAACUACUAGACAAGAAAAUAAAAGAUACAGAUGUUAUAAUCAAGAAUGCUUCAGCAAAAGAUGAAGAAGUAGAUGUCAAACACGAUGAAGUAUUGGCAGAUAUCAUCAAAUUCCGAAAGGAAAUAGAUGCUCGCUUAGAUUUACUUCAAAAACAUUCCGAGACAAGUGCAAACAAGCUGAAAACCACAGCUAAACAUAAAUUCAGGACUGUCAUUGACACUUGCUCUUUACUGUCUGCUGAUAUGAAAGAAUUACAGUCUAGUUUGGAAACAAGCAAAUCAAAUAAACAAAAUGGUAAAAUAUUCUGCGCUCUAAAGCGAGCACAAUCUAAACUUCAGUCGAACAAAAUAGAAAAGGUUGGAGCAACUCUAGAAAACAUAAAUGUGCACUACGUAUUUGAGAAUAACACAAAUAUUGGAUGCAUUCUAUCUGAACAAGAUUUAGGAUCUCUAUAUGAACGUCGCAGAGAGGUGACUUCCAAAAAAAAUGAAACAACGUGUUUGAUAGACAGUGACAAGCUAGAUUUUGGGAAAUGUCCAACAGAUGAAAUAGCUGAGGCAAAGACAAGAUCAUGGGAAUAUAUAGAAAGAACUAAUAUAAAUAUUACCAGAAAAACAGAUAUGAGCAAAUGCACUAUCACAGGAUGUGAAAUCCUAUCGUCAGGCAAAAUCGUGCUCGCCGAUUAUAAUAACUAUAGACUGAAAAUCGUUGAUGUUGAAAGAAAGAUUAUUGUUGCUGAUAAAGAAUUAGACACGCGACCCUGGGACGUGACAGUACUGCCAGGGGAUCAGAUCGCGGUUACACUGCCAAUGGAUAGCCUUAUUGUGACUAUCGCCAGUACCCUUGCAGUUGUGGGGAGAUUUAGAGUUAAAGGGCAGUGCUAUGGUAUUUUUUACCAUAACGACCGUCUUUACAUCGUGUGUCAGAAUCCAAAAGCUGUUCUCGUAACUGAUUUACAAGGAGAUAUCAAGUCCAUAAUUCCUCUGAAAGACAAUGAAUUAUUUUGCAACCCAACAUAUAUUGCGGUGAGCAAGAGCCACCAGCGGAUGUAUAUAAGUGAUUGUGAUAGCAGUUCCGUGGCAGCUGUUACAUUCCAAGGUCUAGUGGCUGCAGUGUACAAGGAGAAAGAUUUCCUUGGACCGUUGGGCAUUGUGAUGCUUGGUGAUGGAUCUUUAUUGAUCUGCUGCAAAAGCAACAACACGAUUCACCAUAUCUCCGGAGACUUGACACAAAGCGAGAAAGUAAUCAGAAUAAGAAAUCUGCCACAGUCGAUUUGUUACAAUGCAGACAGAAAUGAGGUGUACAUAGGAAGAUGGAGAGAUGAUCUGAUGACUAUUUUAGGGGUAGAGUGAUAUGCCCAUACCACUGUAAAUUGCCAUACAAACAUGUUUUUCCAUGCACUAAAUUGUACCAUUGCUUUAAGACUAAGAGAAGGAACACGAACAAAUCAAUCAAACCCGAAUUUAAACUAUACAACUGUGUCAAUGUUGCAACGCUGAUUCAUAUGCCUUGAUAAAAGAAACCGAACAAGUGUAAAAUGAACGGACAUUAUUAUGAACACUACAUAAUUAUUUAACUCUUAUCUUUGUCGUUCUUAUUUCUGGUUCUUUUUAUUAUGGAGUUUAUUCAUUGUU